UCGAAAAGCAGACGUCAAAAGAAGAAAAAAACCCGCUUGCGAAAACGGUUGGACGGCUAUGGAUUCCCAGACGUUAAAUUAAAAUAGUCAGGAUAUGAUCGUAUAUGUGGCAUGGAAUUGAAAGGAUCGCAUCGCUAAGGACGGGAGAUCAGACGUGUAAAAGUCAAAGUGAACACGGCGAUUAUUGAAUGUAGCAGACGACAGUUAUAGCUGAAUGUACGUAUACGAUUGAUGGAUAUAGGAGUAAACGCAUUGGAUAUAUGCAAACUAGAUUUGCAUAUAAGGAAAGUACACUUGGAUAUAAGCGGCAAAAUAGUUGAAUUUAACCAAAAUACUGUUGGAUAUAAGCGAAAUACAUUUGCAUAUAAGAAAAGUAUAGUUGGAUAUAAGCGGAUUUUUUUUGGAAUUUAACCAAAAUACAGUUGGAUAUAAGCAAAAUAUAUUUGAAUAUAAGGAAAGUACACUUGGAUAUAAGCGGAAAAAAAUAGUUGAAUUUAACCAAAAUACUGUUGGAUAUAAGCAACCGACAGUUGUGUAUGGACAAAUUGCAGUCAGGUAUAAGUAGAACCUUUUUGCACACGAAAGAAGCAUAUAGUCACACGGAAAACGUCAGCAGACCAGAGUUAGGUACAAGCAGAAGGGAAUUAGAUUGUUAGAUAUACAAUGUCGACGACUUUGUGGGAUAUAAGCAGGCGAGAGCUGAACAUAAGCACAGGAUAGCUGAAUAUAAGCAGGUGGCAUUUGGAUAUAGUUGGUGAUAGCUGGAUAUACGCACGAAAUACCUGAAUAUGAGCAGGUGAUAGUUUGACAGAAGCACGAGAUAUAAGCACAUGAUAGCUGAAUUUAAACAAGUAAUAGUUUGGCAUAAGCAGGUGAUAGCUGAAUAUAAGCAUGUGAUGGUUGGACAUAAGCAGGUUAUAGUUUGACACAAUCAUGGAAUAGUUGGACGCAACUCUUUCAUAACCGGCUUUGAAAGAAAACAGGAAAUUAUAAUGGAAAUGUGGAAAUUCCAAAGCGAUUAACGGCAUACAAAACACACACAGCAGACGACAGGAGGCAGGAGAGCCUCUAUUACGAAUACCAGCCGUCAUCAGCAGACACGUGGGACACAGCAGUAAUUACCAGUUAUCAUGUAUGACUAUGCACUAAAACGAAUUAUGUGAAUAUGACACGAACCAGUGAGCAAAAGACAAAAGUAUAAUUCGCAGCAUCAGAGAUAUGAUACAUCAUGUCUGUAGUGUCAUGGCAAGCAUGAUUCAACACAGUAUACCGCAUGGUGUGAGGAGACAACAGAAUUCUGCAAUAUAAUAUAUUUAUUGAGAAGAGAAGGUACGAUGCUAUAUUAUAAAUGUGUCAAAAUUUAGAAGGAUUAUACAAACAGUAUAAUGUGAAGGGAGUAGGAUUUCCUGUUAUACUCUAUAUAUUAUGAAUCGUAGAACGCGAAGAGGAAAUAAUUAUCUGUUUUGAACUGUAUUGCGUGAUGACGUAAUCACAUUAUAUACCAUACACCAAGGAAUGUGAAGAUGACAUGAUUUUACAUUAUACACUGCCUUGACUAGAGCAGAAAACUAUACUGUAUACUGUUGUGGGAACAAGUAACAUCGUCUUACAUUAUAACAUGGCAUACUGUGCCAAGAACAUGUUUCUAGACUAUACACCAAAGUGUGAAUAAUUGUACCCUACAUAAAGUGAAAAGAGUAGGAUUGUUAUCAUUCAAAGUAUUGUGCGAAAAGGCAAUGAGAUUCUACAAAAUACACUAUUCAUUGCCACGAGUUGAGGGUCUAUAUUAUACAUUGUACUGCGCGGAGAAGAAAUAUAUUCUAUAUUAUACACUAUUCACUGCCACGAGCUGAGGGUCUGCAUUACACAUUGUAUUGCGCGGAGAAGCACUAGGAUUAUAUAUUAUACACUAUUCACUGCCACGAUAUUGGAAUCUAUAUUAUUCAGUGUAUUGUUUGGAGAAGCAAAACGAUUCUACAUUAUACAUUGCAUCAUGUAAAGAAUCUAUAAUGUACAUUAUAAUGAAUGUGAUGUCUGGAAAAGGAUACUAUACUACACACUAUAUUUUGUGAAGAGGUAAUAUGAUUCUGCAUUAUAUAUUGUAGAAUAUCAAUGGUGUACGCAUCAAUACUACUAAACACUAAAGAUGUGCAGAUAACAGAUGUCAAAUUAAAAGCUGUAUACGUGUGAUAUAAUACGAAUUUAUAUUUUACACUAAUGAAUGUAUUGAAGGUACUCGUAUAAUUCUAUUUUAUGAUAUGUACUUUGUGAAUACUCAGUAGCAUUCUACACAAUUCACCAUAUAUUUUGAAGACUGGAUUACACUUUGUUUGCCAAAGAAUGUGAUGACUGUACACGUCUUUCUUAUAGACUCUACUGCAAAAUGAUGCAAUGACAUUCUACUUCUGGAUUAUACACCAUAUAAUAUUGAAGAUAGAAGAACUUUAAUCUAUAAAGAUUCCUGCAAAAUGAUGCAAUGGCAGUCUACUUCUAGAUUAUACACCAUAUAAUAUUGAAGAUAGAAGAAAUUUAAUCAAUAAAGAUUCUUGCAAAAUGAUGCAAUAGCAUUCUGCUUCUAGAUUAUACACCAUAUAAUAUUGAAGAUAGAAGAACUUCAAUCUAUAAAUAUUGCAGAGACAGUUGGAAUUACACACUUCACACAGUGCAUCAGACGAGAGGGGGCGGAAGUAGACGUUCACUUCUACACGGUGAACAACAAGUACCAGCUAUUGAAACACUGCCUCAAGACUGUCAUCGACGAACAGUGGUGCCAGACAAUAGUCUAGUGUGCUGCACAUUUACGAUCAAAUAUAUCACCAAACAGACAACAGUGUGUGCAUGAUAAGCAAGGGCGGACUCCGGCGGAGUGUGUACCAGUGCAAGGACAGUCACCAGAGGAGAGAGAUGGUGAGAGAGAGAGAGAUAGGAUGCAGACACCGAGACGUCAUCCGUACCUUUGUGGGCGUGCCGCAUGACGAUUAUUUCUGUUGAACUGCAAACUGCAAGAUUGCGAAAGUUAAUACGGCCAACGUUUAACUAACUUUACAAGAGUGCGUUAGUGGAAGCAAAGGGACAAAACACAUCAAAAAGAAAGAACAAAAUAAGCAGACAAGAAUACAAAGCACCAAGGCGAUAAGACAAGGAAACAGGAACACGGGCAAUUAAAACAAGAAGAAAAAGGACACGAGAACAACGAGCCAAUAUUCUACAGACCCUCACCAGACUCGACCAAGAACUGCAAUAAAAAUCCCCUCAUGACGUCAUCGAUUCAACAUGUUUAUUCUCAAGAACAUGUUCAGAAAUCGCGGGUCAGAGGUGAAGGCCGAGAUGGAGCAAGGAAAGCUUGUACGGAAGGUCGGACGGCGGGGGCGAGGCAAGGGGCUGUUCUACAUGCCCUGUGGGGUGGCUGUCACAAAAACAGGUGAUAUCGUAGUGGCCGACACGGACAAUCACAGGAUUCAAAUAUUUUCUUCCGACGGAGUAUUCAGAUUCAAAUUCGGGAGCAAAGGAAACAAACCCGAACAGAUCAACUACCCGAUCUGCGUUGCCAUGACAAAUGACGACAGCAUUGCCCUGACCGACAGCGUGAACGCUUGCGUCAAAAUGUUCAGUCUCGACGGACAGUUAAAGAGGCGGUGUGGCGGGAACGACGUCCUGGAGUUUCCGUACGGAAUCGCCGUCACAGACAGCAACUACGUCAUCGUUACGGACAUCUGCAAACACUGCGUGGUUGUUUUUCACCCCGGCGGAGGGGUCAGUCAUUCGUUCGGCAGCUACGGUGAAGACGCUGGCCAAUUCGACCACCCAUACUUCGUGGCGGUGAACAGAAACCAGCAAAUCAUCGUCUCCGACGCCGGCAACAGUAGCAUUAAAAUCUUCCAUUUUGAAGGGAAAUUACUGCGGACCUUCUCUCACCUCGACUUCCGGUUGCCUCGGGAGGAGUCGUUCGUUUCGCUGCAAGGCCUGUGCACGGAUUCGGACGACAACACCAUCGUUAUAUGCAAUUCGACAGUUUUCAUUCUUACCAAGAACGGGAGGCUGUGGGAAAUAUUGACGCCUAAAGACGGGCUUACCUCCCCUAAGUGUGUCGCGUUCUCUCCCUUGGGUAGACUGGUGGUCGUUCAGUCGGAUUACGAUAACCGGGACGAGUUGUGUAUCUUUAAGUACAAUACGGAAGACUACUCUGCCCUUAAUACUCUUGUCUUUUAUGCCAUAUCUAUAUAGAGUAGGGACUAGCAGCUAUAUUUAUACAGGUGCGGAUUCAGAAUAUUUGCAGGUGGGGGUGUCUAAAUGGAAGUUGUAUAUUAGCGGUGAAUGCGCUUUAAUAUAAGUGAUUUUUUUUCCUCAGACUAGUGCGCUCAGAUUAACAACUAACGACGAGAAUCGAGUUGCAAGAAUGCUCAGACUAAUAACAGGACAUUCGUAGAGGUCGUGACAUCAGAAAGUUGGCCAACUUUGUGCUGGUAGUUGGUAGUCUGAACCUAGCAUUACUUUUUUCCACUGUUUAACAUAUUUCCUCGGAAAGUUUUAAAAACAUAUACCUUGGAUAAAAAGGCCAACAAUUUUUUUUCUUAGAUUUUUUUUUUUAUUAAUAUGUAGAUGAAAAGGGUAAAAAUGUAAAAAAAAAAAAAAAAAAAAAAAAAAUUGAAGCCGACCUACUCUACCUAUUUUUUCGACAUUUUUCCGGAAACGCACAUUUGUAGGCCUUGUUUGAGGUCACGUCUCCAGUAUAUAAUUCUACUGUUUCUCAGAAUUUUUCUUCCUUUUCCAAGAAAACAGAAGGGUACGUGGGGGUUUUUUUUCUCCAUCUUCGCUUGUUUCAUGACACCAUCUAUAAUUUCCCCCAUCCAAUCGUCUUAGGAACAAUGUUUAGAGGGUAAGUAUAAACGAGUUAUCAGUGCGUUGUCAAGUUUACACAAGGCCCGAGGGGUGUGCUGAAAAACCAAGGGCCACUGUCGGUGCUAUGGCCAGGCAAUGGAAAUGUGAGGACUUGGGUUGUUAUAAGCUGUUACGGGUGAAGCUUCUUGGGGUGGGGUGGGGUGGGGGGGGGGGUGGGGUGGGUGGGUGGGUUCGCUAUCAUGCUCUCCUGAGAAAACAUUGAGCUUCAGGUUUUGAAAUAAGGCAUUUUCGUUCUUCUUACAACCCCCACCCCCCACCCCACCCCAAAAAACACAAAAACACAAAGUGAACGUUUACAAACUGUGCCGACCGUUCGGCCAAAGAGCCACGUGUUGAGACGUCAUAAUAUAUUACAUGUAACACUAUAAUCCCAUGCAUAUGAAACAUUCUUUCUGAUUUUUUUAAAAAUUAAAAACUUAUUAUACUGUA